UCCCUCACCGUCCCGCACGAAAGGGAUUUGAGUUUCGCCGCGUGAUAGUGCAUCACUGGGGAAGGUCCAUACAUUACGUCAUCAUUUUAUUGGGUGGAUGGUUUAAGUCAACCUAUCGUUUCCAUGUUAAAAUUCCCUAUCCCUUACUGUUUACGUUGGGUCAUAAACUCGAGCGCUCGAUGACGGGAUACAUGGAUGGCCAACUGGGUGGGCACACCUUAACGACAGUGACUUUUCGUAGUGACAUUCUUUGCAUAACUGUUGCCUCUUGUUACAAUAUUAUUAUGAAUCUACACCAACGACAUUUACUUACGGAUCAUCCGUGGGUUAUCAAAAAAAAUGAGACCUGCGUUCUGACCGCGGAUGAUAAGUCUUGUCGAAAUCAUACCUGCUACACCGGCCUGCUUUUCGAUCUGUUGGAUAAGAUUGAUGCCGAAUUAAAGAAUUUGGAUGAUUGCACACUCACAGUCGUCGAGGCGGUUGGAACUUACCUUAAUACGACUGAAUCGGAAGGUACUUGGAUCGGAGGCGGUGGAUUGAUGGAAAUUAUGGAAAAACACGAAGCCGACUUGGCGUUGGCCCUUUUCCCGCAUGGGGAGCGUUUUAUCCAUACCAAGCUUCCGAACGUUGACUCUUACACUCCAAUCGGAAGGAAGGAGGAGAACUGUUAUACGUUCAGAUAUCCUAAACGACUGAACUGGACAUUUGAACUAAUGUUACUCAAGCUACAUAUGGAAGGCAUUAUUGCCUCGCUGAGGAAGAAAUGGCUCCAUGAUUUGGUUUCAGACUGGCAAACAGAAAAGCAACUCACUUCUGACGAUUAUGCAGAACGAUGUCCAUGUGACACGUCCUGUUUUGACACCGAAAACAUUCAAGACAACGUAUUUCGUGGAUUCAUAAAUUACUGUUAUGGUUUGACAUAAAGUGUCAAAGAAAACGAGAUCUUGACGAGAAUCAUUUCUAAAAUAAAUUGUGCUUAAUAAAUGAAAUUUUAAAAUCGUGUGCCUUAAUUUC